UGUUUUGUGGGUUUUAGAUAUUUUUCUGUGAAGGCAUUGAUUUUUGUAUUAUUUUUUAUUGUUUGGUUAUUAAUUUGGGUAUUUGAGCAGUUGGAUGCUCGGAGCUAGAACCUUUUCUGCCCAUUCCUUUAAGGCAGUCCGGCCUAGCCAUAUUCCAGUCAGGAUCUUUUAAACAGCAUCCUCUGGCAAUUCAAAUGAAAUCCCCUCACCCAUUACCUUUGAGAAUCUUUUUCUGAUGGAUUUUGUGAUGUUUUGCCGAAUAGGGUUGAAAUGCAUUGGCUUGAACACAACGAUAUCAUCAACAGUAUCCAGUAAUUCCCGGGGAUCAAAGUCUAAUAGCAAUAGGGUUUUCAUUCCUUUUCAAAUUUGUUUCGACACACACUUCUCGAAGUUGCAGUAUGCUAUGGUGAUGCAGAAUCUAUUCGGUGAUCAAUCUGAAGAGGAAGAGGUCGAUUCUGAGCACGAGUCCAACCCCCAUCCCAAUUCUCACAGGGCUGUAACAAGAUUAUAUAUUGUGCUAUUGCACGCUCUACUAUCAGCAGAGACCUCUACAGAGUUGAUCAAAGAGGGGUCUACAAUCUUACCAAAGCAUUUCAUGACUAUAAGAAGAAAAUGGCUCAAUUAUGAGCAGGAAAGAGUAGCAAGAGCAAACUUACAAUUGUAAAGUUCAAGACUCCGGAGUCAGUGGAUGGAUGGGAAGUUCGUCAGGGGACUUACUUUCAGGAUGUGGUUGCUUCUAAGGAUGAUGGAGGAAUGGAUGCCAAGUUCGAAUUCACUUUCACCGGAGAUGCUGUUCUCUCCGGUAAGAGAAAGACUAAAUUGGGGUUUUGAGGUUCUAAAUGGAAACCAACUAUUAUUCCUUUUACUCUAUUUCUUGCUGCAUUGUAGGAUAUGUUUUCGCCAGACGAGGGUACUAAGCUAAAAGCAGCUUCCCAAAAACACAUUCAUGGUAUUUUUCUUAUUAUUAAUUACAGAUAGUAUUUCUAUGUUUUCCCUCCUUGUUUUAGAGAUAAUAAACUGUUAUUAAGCUGUUUUCGUAGUGAUUAGAACUUCCUUUAGAACUAAUGAAUCAAGUCAUAGUGAGAUAAGCUAAUCGAAACAGCACAAAUAUGAAUGAAAACAGGUUCUGCUCUCUUAAGGUUUCAA